AAAAACUAAACAGAAACCGAACAAACCCCACCAACUGAAACCAAAGGGUCAGUCCGUUCACAGAAACUUCCCGACAAGAAACCGUUAGGAUGGACGAGGAAGAGCGGCGGCGAGCCUACCCUGAAUCUCCCGGCCUUGACGGCGGCGGAGGGAGCAGUGACUCACCCGGAGGAGGAGGAGGAGGAGGAGGGGAGGGAAGCGGUUGCAGAGUGAAGGGGUCGUGGUCGCAGCAGGAGGACGCGGCGCUGACUCAACUCGUGUCCCAGUUCGGGCCGAGGAACUGGAGCCUGAUCGCCCGGGGGAUCCCCGGCCGAUCCGGGAAGUCCUGCCGCCUCCGGUGGUGCAAUCAGCUCGAUCCAGCCGUCAAGCGGAAGCCUUUCUCUGACGAGGAGGACCGAAUCAUAAUUGAGGCACAUGCCAUCCAUGGCAACAAGUGGGCUGCAAUUGCGAAGCUUCUUCCUGGGAGAACUGAUAACGCAAUCAAGAACCACUGGAACUCUACUCUACGGCGCCGUUGCUUGAAUAAUUGGAGGUCCAAUUCGCCCCAUAAUAAUGUCAUUGUAGAAGAUACGCUUGAGGAAAACAAGGCUGUCCCUGAAGUAACAAUGUCUGCUGCAAACUCAGUUGAAGAUUCUCAAGAAGAGGAGAGAGAAGUCCCGGUGGAGCAUAGAGCUCAAGUAGAGGAAAGGCACCAGUCUAUCCCCUAUCGACCACAAGCUCGUGUUGGUGGUUUUAAGGUGUAUAAUCCAACAAAUAGUCCAACACUUGGAAGGGCCUCAGAAAAUAUAAGAAUAGUCCCGAAACGAGGACCUCUAGUGCAGGCUCUAAGACCGGACCUUGGCCUGGAUAAGUUUCUGGGAGAAGUUACUCAUCACGAGCUUCUGGUUCCCCCAAAAUGUGGCGGAGGUUGCUGCGGAGAGCCAAAUGGAGAGGGAAGACAUUCCCGGAGCACAUUACUUGGGCCAGAGUUUGUUGACUAUAUUGAGCCGCCAGAUUUCCCGGGACAAGAGCUGGUGAAAGUGGCUGCAGAGUUGAACAACAUCGCUUGGAUCCACAGCGGGCUUAACAUUGAGAAUAGGGGAUGGGCAAGCACCUAACAAGGGAGGAAGCAAACUUUUUGAGAAACGUCGAAAGUCGAAUGUGAAUAAUUCAAGAGAAGCCGGAGACCGCCCAUGUUCGACGACCCAUCAAACUUUUUGAGAAACGUUGAAAGUCGAGUUGCUGAGUUGAAGAAGUUGUCUUCUUUCUUUUCUUUUCACAAUAUUACAAAAAUGGGGACAUUAUACCCGUGUUCCUCUUUGAGAAUUUCGGCUUAGGAAUGGGAAAGAAGGGAAAAAACAAAAAAAAAAAACAAAAAAAAAACUUGUUUAUUGAAACAAGUUGAAGAUUUUGGUUAGUCAAAUGUUGAGGACCGGUCUAUUUUGAUCUGAUGAAGACUGCAAAGGAUCUUAGAU